ACAGUUGCAAUAAUCAAGCUGAUUGAAAAAAAAAAAAAAACAUCUCUCUCAAAGUUUUCUAAACAAUCUUUGAAAAGAAAAUUAAAAACAAUAAAAAUAGUUGAAUAAUUAAGGUGUUCAAGUGUUUAGAUAGUGUAUUUAAGUGUUAAUUUUAAAUGUUUAUUGUAAAAAUUAAUUGUUAAAUAAGUGGUGUCCUCUGACGAUGCAUAAUCAUAACUAAGGUUAGAAGUGCGUUCUUUUCGCGGGCAACGACAAGUACUCAGUGAACAAAUCGAUGUUUAUUAAUCAAAUAAUUAAUUUAACAAGCUCAAUAAAUUAUAAAAACAAUAAAUUAACAAUAUAAAAUGUAAACCAGUGUCAAUUAUGCUUAAAAAAUACUCAAAACAAGUGUUAUAACCUGUUUUUUUUUUCUUCUCUUUUUUUAAUUCCAUUUUUAUUAUUUUAUUAUUUUUUUUUUUUUUUUUUUCGUUCGAAACGUUAUGGACGCCAUCUACAGUGACAAUUGAACAUUUUCAUAAAAGCGAUUUUGUGAUUGGUUCAUAAAUAAAAUCCACAAGGUACCAUAUAAAAGCUUAAUACUCAAAAAAAUAAAUAAAUAUUUAAUAAAAAAAUAUUAAAUAUUAAAUUAUAAUAAUUAUUAUUACAAAUUAAACUUAUAAUAUAGCAUUAAAAUAUUAAAUUAAUAGGUAAAUUAAUAAUAUUAAAUAACACAAAGUGUCAUGGCGUCAAUUGUAUUGACCAAUGAGCGUUCUUCUUAUAAACUUGUAACGACAAAAACCUAUAAUUUUCAUCUCUCCCCCCGCUGACACCCAUAAUUCGCGUCGUCUCGUUGGUUUUUUCACAAAUUUUCGUCUCUUCGUUUAUCAUUUUACAAGUGUUGAAAAAAAAAAGGACAACAAGUAACAAUUACAAGUUCACCCAUAGCCCGCCAUCAUCCAGUGUCUAUAAUAAUUAUAAUUUUUUAUAAAUAUAAAUUAGAUUAAUAAUUAAUUUUACAUUUUUUUUUUUUUUUUGAUACUAUAAUAUUGAGUAAAUAACACAAGUGCAUAUUCAACAUGCAUAGAGUGUGUUUGAUCACGUGACCUUGAUGAUGAAAAAUGGCGCAAAUAAUAUAUUACAAAGAUGGGUUAUCCUCAUUGUAUACCCCAGUGUCAUUUGUAUUUGUUUACAAAUCUAAAUUUUCAUAAACCACGUGUUAAGUGAUUAUUUUAUUUAUUUAUUUUUUUUUUUCACCUACAUAACCUAUAAAAGACAAUAAUAAUAAAAAAAAAGAUUUAUUUUUGAGUAGUAAUUAUAUAUUAAUUUAAAACAAAAAAAAACAAUAUAAUAAAUAUUUUUUGUUGCUGAUAUAUCAAAAUGACAGGAAGAGGAACAGGAAAACGACGUGGUCGUCCACCAAAAGCAGUGGUUAUGGAAAGACCAAAAAAAUUUCAAUAUCAUUUAAUGAAAAAGCCAAAAUAUUUAUCAAAAACUAAAGAUGUUAAUUCAAAAUCACGUACACCAACACCAUCACGUACAUCAUCACCAAGUAUUGAUGAUACAAGUGUUGUAUCAACACGUAGAUCAACACGUAGUGCUAAAAAAGCUGUACAACGUGGUGGUAAAGUAGUAAAACCACGUAAAGGUGGUCAUACAUCAAAUCAUCAACGUCGUGGUUAUAAUUCAAAUGUUGAUUAUAAUGAUUCUGAGUAUCAUUAUGGCUCAGAUUUUGGUGAUGAAUCAUCAGAAAAAAGUGAAAUUGAAGAUGAUCCAUUGCUACAAACAGAUGAUGAAUCAUCAGUUACAAUUGGUGAACCAGAACCACCAUCAAGUGAUAGUGAUUUUUCAUUAUCAAGUUUUUCAACAAUAUCAAAUACAACACGUAAAAGUAUACUUGGUAUAUUACGUCCACCAAGUCCAGAGCCAUUAUGGUUACAAAAUCGUGAUUUACCAAAUCUAAUAUUACCAAAAUCAUCAGAUGAUUUAUUAGCAUCAAAAGAACAUAUUAUGAAGUUAUUAUCAAUAUAUGAAGUAUUGAGACAUUUUAGAACACUUGUUAGAUUAUCAUCAUUUCGUUUUGAAGAUUUUUGUGCAGCUAUGACAUGUGAUGAUCAAACAAAUUUACUUGCUGAAAUACAUAUUAUGCUUAUUAAAUCAUUAUUACGUGAAGAAGAUUCACAACAAACUCAUUUUGGUCCAUUAGAUCAAAAAGAUUCAAUAAAUGUAUCAUUAUAUUUUAUUGAUGCAUUAACAUGGCCAGAAGUAUUACGUUCAUAUCUUGAAUCAGAUAAAAAUUUUGAUAAUAAUAUAUUAAAUAUAUUAAAUAAUGGUGAAUAUCCAUUUUGCUCAAUUGAUGAUCGUAUUAUUGUAUUAACAUUUUUAACUGAACAAUUUUUAAUAACAAAUCCAGUACGUGAAGAUUUAUUACAUGAAGGUAAUAUGCAUUAUGAUGAUCAUUGUCGUGUUUGUCAUAGACUUGGUGAUUUAUUAUGUUGUGAAACAUGUCCAGCAGUAUUUCAUCUUGGUUGUGUUGAUCCACCAUUAAUGGAUGUACCAACUGAAGAUUGGCAAUGUAAUAUAUGUAAAGCACAUCGUGUUACUGGUGUUGUUGAUUGUAUACCAGAUGUUGAAAAAAAUGGUUUAUUAUGUCGUCAAGAACAUCUUGGUUUUGAUCGUCAUGGUAGAAAAUAUUGGUUUUUAACACGUCGUAUAUUUGUUGAAGCUGAUAAUGGUGAUUUAUGGUAUUAUACAACACCAUUACAAUUUCAAGAAUUAUUAGAAUCAUUAGAUAAUAAUGAUAUGGAAGUUGCAUUAUAUCGUGAGUUAACUGAUUAUAAAGAUGAAAUAAUACGACAAAUGGAAUUAACUGAAACAAUUACAAAUCAAUUUAAAGGUAAUAAAAAAUCAUAUUUAGAAAUUGAAAAUGCAGCAAUAUUAAAAAUGCAAAAAGAUAAACUUGAAAAAGAAGAAAAUGAUAAAAAAGCUAAAGAAAAAAAUGAUAAUAAUACAGAUUUACAAGAUAAAGAUAAAGAUGAUGAAAAUAAAGAAAAAUUAAUUGAUGAUAAUAAUGAUAAUGAUGAUAAUAAAGAUAUUAAAAUGAAUGAUACAAGUGGUGUUGUUGUUGAUGCUGAUACAAAUGAUGAACAAAUAAAAAAUCAAACAUCUGAUGAUAAAGCUUCAACUACUUUAACUGGUACUAUUGAAGAUGAUGAUAAACAACAGUCAUCUGAUAAUGAUAAAACAUUAUCAACAACAACACAAGAUGGUGUUACUAAAAAACCAACGACAAUUUUAACACGUUCAAAAACAGGCUCAUUAACACCACGUUCAUUUAAUCUUGAUGGUUCUAAAAAACGUACAGAAAUUGAAAGAAUUGAUAAAUUAUUAAAAGAUGAAAGUAAUGAUAAUACAAGAUUAACACGUCAAAAAGCACAUCAAAUAGCAUCUGGUACACAUUUAUUUAAACUUGGUAUGGAUAAUACAUUUAAAACAUAUGUCAAUCAAUACAGUACAAAUACAAUUGCAUUAAAUAAAACACAAAGAAAUGAAGAACGUGAUAAAAAACGUCAUUUAUCACAUAAAUUUUCAUUAACACAUGUUUCGGAAUUUAAAUGGAAUGGUAGUUUAACUGGUACACGUGCAUUACUUGUAUCAACAAUACGUCAAACAAUAUUACAACUUGAAAGUAAUAUACAAGCACCAUUUAUGCAUCCAAAUUGGCCAUUAUUACGUAAACCAUGGACAACAGCUGUUAGUGGAUGUAUUAAUCCACGUGAUUUUGUACGUACAUUAAUUGUAUUACAAGGUUGUAUUAAAUCAACAGUAUUUGCAAGUGUAUGGCAUGAUCAACUUGGUCAUGUUAAAUUACAACGUGUUACAGCACUUGAAAGAGAAGAAAAAAAACGUAUUGAUAAAAAAGAAAAAAAAGAUAAAGAUGAUGAAGAAGAAAAAAAUCGUACACCAAAUUAUUGGGUUAAAUAUCGUUACGUUGUAAAGCAUCAAAUAGCAAAACAAAAAGGUGAAGAAUAUCGUUUACAUGGACAAUGGGGAUGGUUAUGGGUAUCUGGUAAUCGUCAUGUUAAAAUUAUUGAUAAUAAUAAAAUUGGUUUAAGUGCUGGACCACAAAGAAUUAUGGUACAAAUACGUGAUCAAAAAGGUAAUAAAGUUCUAUCACUUGAUCCACCAACAUAUGAGUAUCUUUUAAAACAAUAUUCAGAUAAAAGUGAUGAUACAACAACCGAAUCAACAUCAACAACAACAGCAACAACGAGUAAUGAUGAUGUUAAACCAAUUAUUAAACAAGAAAUUGAAACUGAAGAAAUAAAUACAGAUAAAAAAAUUGAAGAUGAAAAAAAAGAAAAUGAUAAUAAAAGUGAAUUAAAAAAUAUCAAUAAUAAUAAUGAUAAUGCUGAUAAUAAUGAUAUUAUUAAAAAUGAAAUAAAAGAUGAAAAUAAUGAUGGUAAUAAAAUAAAUUUCGCAUUUUUCAAAGACAUGGAAAUAAAUAAAAUAUAUAAAAAAAUUGAUAAUUUUGAUGAAAUUGAUGUUAUGAAAGCAUUAACAACAUCAGGACGUUUACUUUAUCCAAAAAUUGGUAAAAAAUCACGUAUUGAUGAUUUUUUAUCACGUAGAACACAUUUAAAAACAUUAGAAGAACGUAAAUUAAUACAAAAUGAAAAAAUGAAAAAUGAUAUUAAUAAUGAUAAUAAAAAUAUAUUAAAUUGUAAUUAUACAACAAAAAAUUUAAUACCAUUAAAUCAACAACAACAAAUACAACAAUUAACACCACAUACAAAAUUAAUAACACCAACUGUUGCUGAAUUAUUAAAUACAGUACAACAAAGAAUUAAAAAUGUACGUGCACAAUAUGUUAAUGUACAAAAUUUGGCUAAAAAUAAUAAAUGUUAUUCAAAAUAUUGUAAUAUGUAUAUACAAUCACCAAAAACAUUAGUUACAACAAAAAGUUUAUCACCAACAUGUUAUUCACCAUUGUGUUUAAGAAGAGGAAGAUUACGACGUGAUUUAGUUGGUUUAAUGAAAAAAGCAACAGCAUUAAGUAAUAAUCAAGUUAAAGCUGUUAAUAUAACUGGUUUAACAAAUUUACAACAAAUAACUAAAAAAGAUGUUACAGCUAUUAUUAAUAAUAAAAAUGAUGAUUGUCAUCAAAAUAAAGACAAUGUAAUACGUAAUGAUUUAGAUAAAACAACAACAACAACAACAUCAAAUUUUAAUGAUGAUUUAUUAUCAAAAGAUGUUAGAAAUGAAUGUGAUUCACCAGUUUUUAAAAAACCAAAAAUUGAAAAUGAUACAACAACAACACCAACAGCAACAACAACAACAAUAAAAACAGAUGAUAAUAAUAUUGAUGAUAAAUCAAUAAUUAAUAAAAUUAAUAAUAAUACAUCAACAACAAUAACAGUUAUUAAUAAACGUGGUAGAAAAGUUGAUCGUUGUACAAAAGCUAAAGAAUUAACAUCAGAUGGUACAGAAAAAAUAUAUUCAACAGUAAAUACUGAGGGUAAAGUAUAUUUAAAAAAAAUAACAACAACAUAUAAUGAUCGUAAAAAAAAACGUAUACCAGUUGUUUAUCCUCAUUGUUCAACAUUUUCAACUAAAAAUAAAUAUCGUAGUAUAUUAGUAUUACCACAACAUGAAUUACGUAAAUUAUCACGUGUUGGUGGUAAACAACCAGCUCAAGGUUUUCAUCAAAUUGCUAAACCAAAUAUGUCUGUAUGGCCAUAUCCAUGUCCACGUCCAUUAUUUAAAACAUGUUGGCUAUAUAAAACAGUUGGUUUAAAAUCAUUAGCAUCAGCAGCAUUACAAUUACGUAUUAUGUGGGCAUGUUUAAGAUGGGAUGAUAUGGCUGUUAAGCCAUUAUCAAAUGAUGGUAAACAUCAAAUAACAACUGAUACUGAAAUAAUGUCAUUAGAAAUAUUAAAACAUCGUCAUAAUGGACAAUUUAUGGAUAAAACACAGUAUUUAAGAAGAAAAGUUGUUAUACCAUUAGAAUUACCAAAAACAAUUAGAGAAACAACAAGUAUUAGAAGUGGUCUUAGAAAAAGAAAAAGACCAGAAAGUCCACAGAGUACAUCACCACAAGUAUCAGAGGAAUGGGUUGAUGAAUGUACAUUGGAACUUUGGGAAAUUAAACAGUAUGGUGACAGGAUGGAGAGAAAGGCUAAUGCCCAAGUUAUUACUAGAAGCCGAUCAAUUGUUCCAAGUCCGGCAAAUACUGGAAAUCGUGGAUCAAUUGGUGUUAUUAAUGAUCAACUUACUGCUAAAUCAACACCUGAAGAAAUUAAAGAAAAAAUGGAAUUACAAUUAAAAAUACAACGUGCUGCACAUCAACAAAAACGUCAAUUAGAACAUCGUGCAAGUCCAGGUGGUACAAAUACACAAAUGAUUAAAGUUGCAUCAGGAACAAACCAAGAUGGAGUAAUGAAACUUAUAUCUAAAGUUGCAAUACCAGCAACACCACAAGGAAAAUCACAAUUAACAUCAUUAUUAACAGCAUCAAAUCAAAAUAAACAAUUUAUUGGUACAAGACGUAUUUUUAUGACAAAGGCAGCUGAUGGUACAACACGUGUAAUCAAUGGACCAACAAGUAUACUACCAAAAACACCAACAUCAACAACACCAACAUCAGCACAUACACCAAAUAUAUUAAAAACAGUUGGUACACCAACAACACCAGUACAACAAGUACAACAACGUGUACAAAUAUUACGUGCACCAGAUGGUAAAUUACAAGUACGUGGAUUAAUGCCUGGACAACAAAUUGUACAAAUGCCUGAUGGUAAAUUACAUGUAUUAAAUACAAAUCAAACAAUAACAACAAAUCAAAAUUCAUCACCACAAAGUGGUAAAACAAUUAUUGGUAAUAAAGCAACACCAAUGAAAACAUUAGCAAUACAACAAAGUCAAGGUAAUAUUGUUAAUUCUACAACACCACCACAAUUAGUUAGAGUUAAACAACAAAUUGUACAACAAUCACCAACACAAAAAGCUGUUACAUCAACAAGUGUAUUAACACCACAAAAAAAUACAAUUGUUGUAUCAAAUACUGGACAAGUUGUUAAUUCAACUGGACAAAUAAUGAAUACAAAUCAAAUUGUUGUUAAUGAUGCAAAUUUAGCACAACAAUUAGCAAGUGGUAAAGCACAAUUAGCAACAAUUGGUGGUCAUCAAGUUGUUAUUAGAAGUACACCAACUGGUAAUCAAAUGGUACAAUUAAAUUCAUCAACAAAUUCACCUGGUCAAUUAUUAUUAAAAGGUACAACAACUGGUAGUCCAAAUUUACAAAAAGUAAUUGCUUCAACAGUAUCAACAUCAACAUCAACUGUACCAACAACACCAAUUAAUACACAAUCAUCAAUAACAAAUGUUAAAACAACACCAGCACAAAAUGUACAAGAAACAAUUGUUAAAUCAGGAAUUCAAACACCGACAACAACGACAACAAAUAUUGCAACAACACCAGCAUCAAAUAUAUCAACAAUAAAAUCAACAAGAGUAUCAACAAAUGAUGCUAAUAUUGAAGCACAAUUACUUGUUGGUCAACCACCAGGUACAACUAUUAAAUGUGUUACAGCAACUGUUAUAGAUACAAUAAAUGGACCAAGAAUUGUAUUACAAGGUUUAUAUAGUACUGAUUUAUCAAGUUCACAAAUAGCUAUGGUACAACAACAAGUUAAACAACAAUUAUUAAAACAACAAACAGAAGCUGAUAAACAGGGUACACUUGGACCAAUAAGAAUAUAUUUAGCUGUACAACCAGCAAUAAAUCAAGCUGUAGUAGCAACAACAACACCAUCAGCAACAUCUACAACAAUAACGACAUCAGUACAAACAUCAAUAGCAACACCAACAACACCAGUUGUGGCUGCAAAUUUAAAAAAUCAAUUAACAAAAACAACAACAGCGGUAACAACUCCAGUAACAUCAACAGCUACAAUACCAUCAACAGUAGUAACAUCAAAUGUACAAAAAAUAAUUGAAACAACAACAACAACAGUAGCACCAACAACAACAACAACAGCAACUGUUGCAUCAAAAGAAAAUAUACCAGAAACAUUAAAACAAAUAACAAAUAAUGAUAAUAAUGCAAAAGUUGUUGUACAACAAGUUAGUAAAACAACAUCAGAUAUUGAUGAUACACAAAAAGAAAAAUUAUGUAAUAAUGAAAACAUAAUUAAUAAAAAAAAUACAACAACAAAUGAUGAUGAAUUUGUUGUAACACCAGAUUAUAUACAUAAUUCAAUUAAAUUAGCACUUAAACAAGAAAAUUUAAAUCCAGAAAUUGAAGAAAAAUUAUUACGUAUGCAACGUUAUCAAGAAAAACAAAUGAAAGGUUCUGAUACAAUAAAUCAUCAAUCAACAAUACCAUCAACACCAGUACAACGUACACCAGUUAGAAAAAGACCAGUACCAGUAUCAUUAUCAACACCAUUAGUACAAUCAUCAACAACAGCAUUAUCAUCAACGACGACGACAACGACAACAACCACAACAACAACACCAUUAUCGUCAUCAUCACCAUCAACAACGACAACAACAGCAGCAGUAAUAGCAACAACAACAACAACGACAACGACACCAACAGCAACAACGACAGUAUCACCAAAAAUGACAACAGUAGCAACACCAAUAAAAACCGAACACACAAUAGCACCAUCAUCACAAGUACAAAAAGAAAAUCAAACAAAAAUAAAUGAUAAUGAUACAAAAAAUAUAUUUGAAUCACCAAGAAAAAAAAUUAAACAAGAACCAGUUACAAAUGAAUCACCACCUCAAAAAAUAAUAACUACACCAGUAAAAUCAUCACCAACAACAACAACAACAUCACCAUCAUCUUCAACAUUAAUAGCAAAUAAUAAUAUUAAAAUUGAAGAUGGUAUAAAUGAUACACCAAAACAAAAUCGUGGAUUAAAAUCAAAAGAAAAUUAUGAAAUACGUAAAAAACAACAACAAGUACAAUCAAAUCAACAAGUUUUAUUAUUUCGUCAUAAAGAAUUAUUAAAAAAAGAUAUAUUAAAAAAACGUUCAUCAUUAGAAAAAGAAUUACAAAUUGAUAUAAAUAAAGAUAUAACUGAUGAAUUAACUAAAAGAACAAAAGCUGAAAGAAAUAAACAAGAUGAUGUUAAAAUUGGUAGUGCUAAAAGAAAAUCAAAUACUCAAUUACCAAAUCAAUUAAGUCCAAUUAAUCGUAAUAAAGGUAAAAAACAACGUAAUUCAAUGAGUGGUAAUACACCACCUGGUUGUGGUAUUAUUAAUAGUGGUAUUGGUAGUGGUGGUAGUAGUGGUGGUACAUCAUCAAAUAAUCGUAUGAAAAAACAAAAAUUAUAUUGUUUAUGUAGAACACCAUAUGAUGAAACGAAAUUUUAUGUUGGUUGUGAUCUUUGUAAUAAUUGGUUCCAUGGUGAAUGUGUUGAAAUAACUGAAGAAAUGUCAAAAACAUUAUCUGAAUUUGUUUGUACUGAGUGUCGACAUGCACGUGAUACACAAGAACUUUAUUGUUUAUGUAAACAACCAUAUGAUGAAUCACAAUUUUAUAUUUGUUGUGAUAAAUGUCAAGAUUGGUUUCAUGGUAGAUGUGUUGGUAUAUUACAAUCUGAAGCUGAUAAUAUUGAUGAAUAUGUUUGUCCAAAUUGUCAAAGAAAUUCAUCUGUUAAUUUUGCUAAUAUGAAAAAUCUUAAUGCUAAAGAUUUGGAUUUACUUAAAAAAGUCAUUAAACUUAUACAGCAACACAAAAGUGCAUGGCCGUUUAUGGAACCUGUUGAUCCAAAUGAAGCACCAGAUUAUUAUAAAGUCAUCAAAGAACCAAUGGAUUUACAAACAAUCGAGCUAAGGAUAAAUGACAAAACAUACAAAAAAUUGAGUGAAUUUAUUGGUGACAUGACAAAAAUAUUUGACAAUUGUCGGUAUUACAAUCCAAAAGAAUCACCAUUUUUUAAAUGUGCUGAAUCACUUGAAACAUAUUUUGUCAACAAAAUUAAGAGUCUCCGGGAAAAAUUCUCUGAGGGUAAAUGAAUAAAAUAUAAAAAUUAAAUAAAUAUUAUUAUUUUUUUUUAUGUUAAAUAGAUUAAAAUUUAAAAAGUUCGUACAGACAUUUAUUUAUUUUAAAAAUAACAAUAAAAUAUAACGACAAAUAGUGAAUAAAUAUCACUUGUUAAGUUAGUUUAUUUUUUAUUUAAUAAAAAAAAAACAAAUUUAAAUAAAAAUAUUCAAUAAAUAGUCAAAAUUAAUCAACAAUCAGUCAGUGUCGAAAUUGACACUUUAAACUACAAUUGUCAAAUUUUUAAUUAAUUAAAAAACAAAUAUAUAUAUAUAAUUUUUCAAUUCAAUGAAAAUUAUAUAAUUAAAUCAGAAAACGUUCCGUGGUGUCUCUUAAUAAUAAGUUGUAAUGCUAGAGCGCAUAAUAAUACUGUACAAAUUUGUUUAUUAUGCAUAACAGGUAAAAAGUGAAAAUUAAAUAUUACUUACGUUUGUUUUAAUCACACAAUAAUAAUUAUA